AUGGGAGUUCAGAAUCGGCAAUGCCGAGGAAAACAGCAUGCUUCUGCUGUUAUGGCUGUGGGCACCGUCGCGGGCUCCAGGGGCGGGUCCGCGGCGGCUCAGGGCACCGUCGCGGGCGCCAAGGGCGGGUCCGCGGCGGCUCAGGGCACAGUCGCGGGCGCCAGGGGCGGGUCCGCGGCGGCUCAGGGCACCGUCGCGGGCGCCAGGGGCGGGUCCGCGACGGCUCAGGGCACCGUCGCGGGCGCCAGGGGCGGGUCCGCGGCGGCUCAGGGCACCGUCGCGGGCGCCAGGGGCGGGUCCGCGGCGGCUCAGGGCACCGUCGCGGGCGCCAGGGGCGGGUCCGCGGCGGCUCAGGGCACCGUCGCGGGCUCCAGGGGCGGGUCCGCGGCGGCUCAGGGCACCGUCGCGGGCGCCAGGGGCGGGUCCGCGACGGCUCAGGGCACCGUCGCGGGCGCCAGGGGCGGGUCCGCGGCGGCUCAAGGCACCGUCGCGGGCGCCAGGGGCGGGUCCGCGGCGGCUCAGGGCACCGUCGCGGGCGCCAGGGGCGGGUCCGCGGCGGCUCAGGGCACCGUCGCGGGCUCCAGGGGCGGGUCCGCGGCGGCUCAGGGCACCGUCGCGGGCGCCAGGGGCGGGUCCGCGGCGGCUCAGGGCACCGUCGCGGGCUCCAGGGGCGGGUCCGCGGCGGCUCAGGGCACCGUCGCGGGCGCCAGGGGCGGGUCCGCGGCGGCUCAGGGCACCGUCGCGGGCGCCAGGGGCGGGUCCGCGGCGGCUCAGGGCACCGUCGCGGGUGCCAGGGGCGGGUCCGCGGCGGCUCAGGGGACCGUCGCGGGCGCCAGGGGCGGGUCCGCGGCGGCUCAGGGCACCGUCGCGGGCGCCAGGGGCGGGUCCGCGGCGGCUCAGGGCACCGUCGCGGGCGCCAGGGGCGGGUCCGCGACGGCUCAGGGCACCGUCGCGGGCGCCAGGGGCGGGUCCGCGGCGGCUCAAGGCACCGUCGCGGGCGCCAGGGGCGGGUCCGCGGCGGCUCAGGGCACCGUCGCGGGCGCCAGGGGCGGGUCCGCGACGGCUCAGGGCACCGUCGCGGGCGCCAGGGGCGGGUCCGCGGCGGCUCAGGGCACCGCCCCAUCACAGGGCAAGCUGGGAACGCUCACAGGGGUGUACAUCCAUCCCGCCCCGUCACAGGGCAAGCUGGGCACGCUCACAGGGGUGUACAUCCCGUGUGUGCAGAACAUCCUGGGAAUUAUCUUCUACAUCCGCCUCUCCUGGAUAGUGGGCAUAGCAGGGGUGAGCGGGAGCCUGAUGGUCGUGGCAGUCACAUGUGCCAGCACGUUCAUCACAGCGCUCUCCCUCUCUGCUGUUGUUACUAACGGUGCCAUGAAGGGCGGAGGUCCAUAUUACCUGAUUGGCCGUGCCUUGGGGCCCGAAGUGGGGGUCAGCAUCGGCCUCUGCUUCUUCUUUGGCAACGCAAUUGGUGGAUCGCUCUACAUUCUGGGGGCGGUGGAAACGCUUCUCGACGCCAUGCCUCAAAUGGCUCUCUUCCCUCCUCAAGCCAUGACAGUGACGGUGCAGGCAGCAGUGAACGCAACUGAAGCAGCCAUCAAUGGCACCAUGGCUGCUGCACCAGUAGCAGCAGAAACGGUGCUGUCAGUGUCGAGACACGACAUGCAGGCAUACGGCAUCAUCACCACCAUCUGCCUCUGCCUCAUAGUGUUCGGAGGAGUGCAUCUGGUGGACCGAGUGGGAUCGCUCUUCAUCAUCCCGGCCGUGCUCGCUGUCAUCUCCGUCUUCAUCGGCAUCUUCCUCUCUCCAGACAAUGAGUCGCCAGCUGGUUUGACUGGUCUCAGCACCACCACUCUCUUCGCCAACUGGUUACCAAGUUACCAGACCACCAACUCCAAUGGCAUACCCGACCCUAACGGCUCUUUCUACUGGGGCUUUAACCAGCUGCUGGGGCUGUUUUACCCGGGAGUGACGGGCAUCAUGGCGGGAUCCAACCGCUCUGAGGCGCUGAGGGACACACAGCGGUCCAUCCCCACGGGGACCCUGGCAGCCAUUGUCUCAAUGACUGGUCUCUAUGUGGUCUCCAUUCUGCUGUUUGGCGCUGUUGCCACCAGGGACCUGCUUGUCACUGACAGGCUUCUCACUGCCACGAUUGCGUGGCCCGUGCCAGCUGUCGUCCAGGUGGGCAUCGUCCUCUCAACGCUGGGUGCAGCGCUGCAGAACCUCAUGGGAGCGCCCCGGCUGCUGGCGGCGAUAGCGAAUGACAACGUGCUGCCGGUGCUGAAUGCAUUCAAGGCAGAGAGCCACCAGGAGCCGCAUCUCGCCACGCUCUUCACGCUUCUCUUGUGCUGCAGCUUUGUGCUGAUAGGAGACGUGGACUACGUGUCGCCAGUCAUCACCAUGUUCUUCCUGCUCUGCUACUGCGGGGUCAACCUCUCCUGUGCUCUCCUCGACCUCGUUGACGCCCCCUCCUGGCGCCCGCGCUGGCGCUGGCACCACUGGCUCGUGUCACUCGCAGGGGCUCUCCUCUGUCUUGUCAUCAUGUAUCUAAUCUCCUGGUUCUUCACGCUCGUCUGUCUCACCCUAGCCGUCCUCAUCUACAUCUACGUCAGCAUGGUGGGCAAGGCGGGCGACUGGGGCGACGGGGUCAAGUCGGCCUACAUGCAGCUCGCGCUGCGCUCGCUGCACUUCCUGGGAGUCUCUCAAGUCCAUCCCAAGAACUGGUAUCCCAUUCCGCUCAUCCUCUGCAAGCCAUGGGGCCUGCUCCCCCCCGACGCGCCCUGCCAUGCGCGCCUGGGGGAUUUCGCCAAGUGCAUGAGGAAGAAGGGCAGAGGAAUGAGCAUCUUCGUGUCUGUCUUAGAAGGGAAUUACAGCACCCUAGCAUCAGAGGCCAGUAGAUCGGCCCGAUGUCUCCUGGCAUACAUAGACAGCAACCAGUGCGAGGGCGUGGCGGAGGUGAUGGUGGCAUCCUCUGUGAGGCGAGGCGUGGGCAUCGCCCUGCAGAGCAUGGGGCUGGCUGGCUUAAAGCCCAACAUCGUCUGCUUCAGAUACCCCGAGGCGUGGCAGCAGCAAGAAUCAAGUCACAUCCCCGCAACGUUUGUGAGCCUGAUCAACGACAGCAACACGGCGGGCAAGGCGUGUGUGAUUGUAAAGGGGCUGGACGAGUGGCCGGCAGAGGGGUGCGGGCAGUACGGCACCAUCGACCUGUUUUGGAUCGUGAGGGAUGGGGGCAUCAUGCUGCUGCUGUCCCAGCUGCUGCGGUCUCGACCCACCUUCGAUGCUUGCAAGAUUCAGGUGUUUUGCAUUGCAGAGGACGAUGGGACAGCUGAGACGUUGCAACUAGACGUGGCCCAGUUCCUGCACGACCUGCGCAUGCAGGCGGAUGUGGUGGUGGUGACGAUGAGAGCAUGGGAGGACGUAGUGGGGGAUGAGGAUGGGCCCGAGGCUGAGCUGGCGAGGCAGGGCGCCAUGGAGGCGUUUACUCGG